UACACGAUGACAGAGGGGAAUAUUUUUGCUCCUACUUUCUGCAGAAACCGUUCUGACCUCCUGACGCUGUCACGAUAAAAAGCCUCGUUAGCGAAGCGAAUCCGUGAAAGUGAGUGCGUGUGUGGGAAACAGCUGCUCUCACACUGACCGAGAGGCUGGGGUGGGUGUUUUUUUUUUUUUGCACUGUCACGGACACACACACUCAGGAGGACUGUCAUUUAAAUCACAGAUAUCAACACCCCAAAUACUGAUAUUAUUAUCAGCCUCAAUCAUCCUCCUGGUCAGACUUCACACUCUACAUAUGUAAGAGGACCGUCCUUUGGACCUGCAGGACGAUACCUGAAUCCAGCCGAAUGAACAGAGCCACUGCAAAGCAUCUAAUUGAGCGCUACUUUCGGCAGUUAACUGAAGGCUGUGGAAAUGGCAACUGCACGAAUGAGUUUUGCGCAUCAUGUUGUGAUUUUCAACCUUUGGAUAAGAAUUCAGCAGCUGCCAAAGCGCUCGAGCUGUUUAAGACUAAUGCCAAACUCUGUCCUCACCCCUCCAAGAAGGAAUCUGACGCCUCGCAUCCAGACUCCGGCACUGACGAGAACACUCAGUCAGACAGUAAGAUGAGUGAUAAGGAACUUUGUCCCACCAAAGAGGACUUCUCAGAUGUUCAUUACCUCACAGAGAACACUGUGUGCAUGAUACUGAGUUUCUGCGAGGAGGAAGGGGACUACUCUGCUCUCAUCCGCGUCAUUGGCAGGGUUUUCUCUAAUGCAGAAGCCCUGGUGAAGAGUUUUAGGAAGGAUGAGCCAAAAGCUGCUGAAAACCUGGACUCUUUUACACCAACAGAUGUGGACAAGCAUGAGAAGCAGAGUGAGCAACCCUUGGAGAAGAUGGGUGCUUCCUCUGCAGCUGCUUUACCAGACGAGUCUCCUACGUUCGGCCCCUGUGAGGUCAGUGUUGACAUCGAUGCCGUGAGGAGAGUCUAUGACAGACUUCUAACCAUCGACCAGGUGGAGGCAGCUCUUGUGAAUGCACUCGUUUACCUCACCCCAAAUAUCGAACUUGACCUGGAAUACCUCGAUGUGUACGAAACAAACCCGGAUUACCUGAAUAUCUUCAUCAUCGUGAUGGAGAACAGUAACCUGCACAGUCCAGAGUACCUUGAAGUGGUGUUGCCACAAUUCUGCAAGGCAAUGAGCAAACUGCCGGUGACUGCGCUUGCAAGACUGUCAAAGCUCUGGUCAAUGUACGACCUCCCACACAUCCGCCGUAUGAUGGAGACCUUCCAACAGCUCAUCACUUUCACGGUCAUCAGCAAUGAGUACGACGCUGAAAAUCUGGUUAAUGACGACGAAACUGUGGUGGCUGCAACCCAGUGUUUAAAGGUUGUCUUCUAUGCAAGUAUCCUGGGUGGAGACGUGGAUGUCGAGCACAAUGAGGAGGAUGAGGACGACUCAGAGUCCGAUGAGCUCACACUACAUGAGCUGCUGGGUGAGGAGCGGCUCUAUAAGAAGGGCCCUCGGAUUGAUCCCCUGGAGAAAGAACUCGGGGUCCGGCCUGUUGACAGCAUAAGACCCCUCAUCCCCUUUGAGGAUUUUGUCAACGAGUCACUGAACGACGUAGUGGAGAUGGACAAAGAUUUCACCUUCUUCAAGGUCAAUGCCGAAACGAAGUUUUCUUUUCAGAGCUGCCCCUUCAUCCUCAGUGUCAUCACCAAGAACCAAGGACUUUACUAUGACAACAGGAUCAGGAUGUACAGCGAGCGGCGCCUCACCGCCCUCUACAGCAUGGUCCAGGGCCAGCAGCCCAACCCGUAUCUCAAGCUCAAAGUUCGCAGAGAUCACAUCAUCGAUGACGCCCUCGUCAGACUGGAGAUGAUCUCCAUGGAGAACCCGUCUGACCUGAAGAAGCAGCUGUUUGUUGAGUUUGAGGGGGAGCAAGGUGUAGACGAGGGCGGGGUUUCAAAGGAGUUCUUUCAGUUGGUCUUGGAGGAGAUUUUCAAUCUUGACAUAGGAAUGUUCACCUAUGAUAACGACACAAAGCUCUUCUGGUUUAAUUCGUCGUCGCUUGAGAAUGAAGCACAGUACACUCUUAUUGGAAUCGUCCUGGGACUCGCCAUUUACAACAACUGCAUCCUGGAUGUCCAUUUCCCGAUGGUUGUCUACAGGAAACUCUUGGGCAAGAAAGGGACCUACUUGGACCUGUCAGACUCGCAUCCAGUUCUCUACCAAAGUCUGAAGGGAUUGCUUGAAUAUACUGGCAAUGUGGAGGAAGACAUGACACUCACCUUUCAGAUCUCACAAACCGACCUGUUCGGGAACCCAGUAUUAUAUGACCUGAAGGAGCACGGAGACGAGAUCCCUGUUACUGAGGAGAAUAGACAGGAGUUUGUGGCUCUGUAUGCUGAAUAUGUACUGAACAAGAGCGUGGAGAGACAAUUCAGAGCCUUCAAAAAAGGUUUCCUGAUGGUCACCAAUGAGUCCCCACUGAAGUAUUUGUUUAGACCAGAGGAGGUGGAGCUGCUAAUCUGUGGAAGCAGGAAACUUGACUUUGAAGCACUUGAAAAGACGACAGAAUACGAUGGAGGUUAUAGCAAAGAGAGUCAAAUCAUCAAAGACUUCUGGGAAAUAAUUCACUCGUUCGGAGAGGAGCAGAAGAGGCUGUUUCUUCAGUUUACCACCGGCACAGACAGAGCACCAGUCGGCGGGCUCGGCAAAUUAAAAAUGAUCAUCGCCAAGAACGGCUCAGACACAGACAGGCUGCCAACCUCUCACACCUGCUUCAACGCACUGCUGCUCCCAGAAUACUCCUCCAAAGAGAAACUGAAAGAAAGACUCCUCAAGGCCAUCACUUACGCCAAAGGAUUUGGGAUGCUGUGACAGAUCUGCAAGGAACAUUUUUCUCACUGCAUUUUAACAAAAAGGGAGUAUUUCACACAUACAGAAGGAAAAACCGUGAAACAAAAUGCUGCUGUAACCCUGUGCCUAACCAGCCUCUGCCAGUCAAGCUGCACUGUCAGCCUUUCAUCCUGAGGCCUCGCUUCGUUUGAGAGUCCGUUUCAUAUACGACAGGUUUCCCAAAGAGUUUAACACAGCACUUAAAUCAGUUUUUCAAUCUUUUUUUCCCACGUGUGUUUUGUUUCUGAGCAAACAUUAAAAAAAAAAAAACUUUUAAAACUGUGAAAGUGCACUUAUACACAGAGUUUUAGUGAAUGCCAGUACAUACAUUAUAUUUCUUGAUUUAGUUUUGUCAUAUUUUUGCAGUUGUGUAGCACAGUGGUUCUCAAACUUUUUACAUCAGGUACCACCUAAGAAAACAUUUGGCUCUCCAAGUACCACCACUAUGGCUGAUGUUAAAAUACAGUAGUGUGGGCCUACACUAUUCAGCUCAAAAUACACAGAGAGAGGGAAAUUAAUUCCUUAAAAACAGCACUUUGGCAACUACUCUUACAGGCCUAAUGGUUAGAGUGUGCCUGCUUCUGUACACCUGCACCAUCAGCAGUCUCGUCCAGUUGGAUGGAAUAAUAGCGACUGUUUUUAAUGCGUUAAAUCAGUGUCUUUCUAACAUCAUCUGCCAUGGCUCCUAUUCACCGCGACCACAUACCACACACUGUGGCACUGGCCCUUCCUCCGUCCCGCUCCAGCUGAAUCCAUGUUUGAUAGAACUCGGGUCAUAUUUCCGUACUGUGCUGCGCUUUCGGCAGCCGGCUACCGGUGCUACUGAUGUAGCUGCUAACGCUAACACUGUCGUCCAGGCUGCGUGAAAUCUCCUCCUCCUGAUCCACAGACCUUUUCGUUCCCCUCUCGAGCAACGACUUUAGUAAUAUUUAGACCGCUCAUAACCUAUUUUUACUAUCUCGGCUUAACCAACUUGCCAUCACAGUUAAGUUCAGCCGCUAGCUGACAGCUAAUCGCAGCUAAUAGCUGACGUUUGCGGGCAGCGCUGCUAUUGGCGGUAGCGCUUAGUAGCGUGGCCUGUGAAAACAUUUAUAAAAGGCUAGUUCCUAUUAUUUUUCUUAUUUUAAGACGCAUUUCAAUUAUAUCAUGGUUCAGAUAUUUUAUUUGUAGAAGUAUUUUUUUGACAUUUUAAUCAAUUGAUAAUUAAUUUUACAAAAUACAAAACAAGAUUCCUCCGCGUACCACUAGAGGGAGUGGUACAUGUACCACAGUUUGAGAACCAAUGGUGUAGCAGCGCUCAGGCCUGUGGCCGUCUUCCCACAGCUGAGCGGACUGGGCAUAAUGGUGCUUCUUGGUUAUGAUUGUCAUUUUGGUAAACUGAGGUGAAGCCUUUUAUAAUACUCCAAAUCCAAAUGGCCUCACUUACAAGCUUAUAUUCAAACUAUUUUCUGUCAGUGUGAGAAGAAACUCACCUCUAACCUGAAGGUUAUUUUAAAGUAUCUCUGUGUUGUGCCUCUUGUGUUAUAUUUCAGAUGAAUAGUGUGUGUUGUCAGUGACCCUGAGCAGAUGGUUUGGUUUCAGUAGUUUUCAGACAGCGUAUCCACUGGCUGGUCGGUUCAGAUUUUCACAUCCUGAAAGAGGUUUUCUCUUCUCUUGGUUUGUUUGCCGCCAAAUGUUACCGAUCGCACGUUAGUAAGAGCGGUCACCAAAUGUGCAAUGCCUGUGUGAGGAAAAGAGACACAUGAAAUGUUUUAUUUGGCCAAAUAUCUCAGGUACAUAAAGAAUGUGCUGAUAAUGUGAAACUCUUACGUAAAGCAACAGUUAUGCAAAGUGAAUAAAGGUGAAAAAACUAUAAA